AUGUUCACGCAAAGCUCGUACUCCGACUACAAGAGGUCGACGACGUAUCUCAUAUAUUGGCUGUCCCAAGCGUCGAACACUGUCAUCGAAUGUCUCCCGAACACGCAGCAAGACGACUCUGUCGCCGAAGUCAAUACGACAGGUCAAGUGUCAUGCAAAGAGCUGAUCACCAUGACGAAACGUGUCGCUGCCAAUCUCCAUGAGGAGGUCCCUUCCACAAUCUUUCGACUGUUCCGCUCUGUCAUCAAGGCACGCUCAGAAGCAUAUGAGAUGUUCCGAGAGUUGGCAGCUACUCACGCAGAUGAGAAGAUGGAAGAGAGCAAUAUCUCUCACAAACACUUUAUCGACAGACUGGACGAGGCCUUCGCUAUCCUUGGAGGAGAAGCCUGGAUGGCAAAGCAGCGAGCCGGUGAUGAGGAGGUCGAAGAUCGGGAGACUAUCGAGCGCAUCAUCUUCACCAAUCCUUUCUCCGCACUCAUAACAGAACUCUCGGCCGACGAUCCAAGCGAUUGUGACGACGACCAACUUCUACAGUCGUCCAGAUCCCGCGCCAAGAAGACAUUUGGGAAAGGCAAACGAGGUCAGAAGAGGAAGCAGAAGACUAAGUCAACCCCAACGACCAUCAGCGAAGGGAUCGAUCUGAAAGACAUACCCUUGGAAAGUUUUCGCAUCCUUGAUGGACCCGAGGACCUGAUCACAGACUACUACAUCGCUGUCACAUACAUUAUCGACGAAUGGCAGAAACUUCGUGCAUUCAUCCACGAUCAAUGGUAUUUUGUGACUCACAAGGACCUAAACAGCGCCAUUGCAGGCACUUUGUCGUGUUUGGCUAUCGGGAUGGUUCGAAGGACGAUGGCAACUAUUUUCAUCGAAUUCCCCAGAGAGCAAGACACUUAUGAAAGUAUCAUGCAGACCUUUACCAGAGGCGAUUUCAAGAAAGGUUUUUGCACAUCUGUGCUCUCUCCUGAUCCAGACGACAAACAUGUUGACGUCGCAGAAGCAAUCUCGAUGUAUGCUUAUCAAGAUCUCCAUGAUUUUCUUCUGGAUUACCAGAAGAAUCGUAAUGGGAAACCGACAAAACGCAUGCAAGCUCAUCUUUCAGACUGGGAUCCAAAACUUGACCUCUCUCAAGUUGAUAAGAAAGCCCGAAUUGCAUGGCGUCGUAGUUUCACGAUCAAUUGGCUGUAUGAUUUGGUCAACGUGCACUCUCACAACGUACGUCAGUCUCCUUACAUCAAGGUCGAAGGUGUUGCGCUUGAGGCGAUACCGUGGUCAUCUCAACACAGCUCAUUCGCGUGUGGUCAACUCCUGGGUGUCGAAGAAUUCGCAGGUGCCAUUACCACCCUGGCAAUGCAAAAGCCUGGUACCAACCUUGUGGCUAAGAUAGCAAUGUGGCUUGUCUUCCAACUGCAAUGUAUUGUCGAUGCAACCACUGUCUCGAGAGGAUGGUCGUUCAUGAUGUCAAAUCAGCUUCUUGAGCCGUCAUGUCCAAGUUACUCCCCCAGGCAAGAUAUUGAUGUCUUUCUAGGAGAGACCACAGAAAUCUUCGAGGGAUUUCACUGGGGAGCACGAUUGAGCUUAAUCAACCUUGAAAAGGAUGCUGUGGAGUUCGGCAACCCUGCCAGGUAUAGUUCUGCACGACAUGGGCUUGACCAUUUUUCCACGUACAUUCGAAUUUGGCUUGGAGCUUCAAAACAUGUGUUGUCCUGGAGUGGCGUGCCUUCAAGAUUUGCGGAGCAUGAUUCUAAUGGACUCUGGAAUUAUUCACCGUUUCUUUGCGGCACUGGUCUUAUGGAAGCGUUAGAGAUCACAUACCGCGGCACUAUGAUCACCUGGGACAAAAUGUCCGAGCCUAUUGGCUUGCUGCAUCUUUAUAACAUGGCAUCACAGAAAGGAUACCUAACCAAUCAGAAGACGAUCUUCAAUGAUCUCACGACGUUAUUUGCGGAUUCGUUUUUCGAUCAAGGAAUCAUCCCUACCAGGAGGUUCGACCAAGCAUGGCGGCAUAGGACGCAGGACGUUCACACUCGCCCCCUCAGGAUGCAACGUUCAGAGGCUGCGAGAGCAGCGAGAUGCGGCAGAGAUUUUCAUUCAACCCUCAGCUUGGAUCACAACCUCUACUUUCGCCGAAGAUCGAACCUACUCUUGUACCGUGAAGCCGAUUGGGACCCUGAGCGUAUUCCAGAGAGUUCCAUGGAGCCUCGUACGGCACUGGGUCGCGUCCGUAUACAUCAGACCAAACGAGUGGUGGACAUCGAAACCGGUGCGAUGACUUACGAAAAAACCGAGCUCAUCAAGCGUGCCAUCGCACAAGGCGCGACGAUCGACUCCCUGUCGACUUUCCGCAAACAUUACUCGACUUCAUGUGGAGAUAAAGGAGCUACCGAGAUUCAGCCAUCGGGAUCAGACCUGAACACAAGAACUUGGUCCUCUAGCACCAGAAAGUUUGGCGACGCGAGCAAUGGUGGACAAACGCCCUCUGGUCUAGAACUUCUAGAGAUAAUCUCUGUUGAUAUUGAACGAGAUAUCAGUGGCUGUCGGCCAGUCACAGGCUUGAAUUACCUGUGGAUAACCUCAAUGAUGCUGGAAGUUUACGUUGAAUGGGAACGAGAUCUGAAAAGUGCUCGCAAUCCUCUUCACAUGCGGGUAUUCGGAAAGCCCCAACAGCAAGGUAUAGACCUGAGAGCAACACUCACGCGUUUCGUCCUCGAGGAAAGGCCAGGCUAUGAAGAAUGCUUAAAGGUUCUAGCCGAGGUGAUUGGCAGAAUAGGUUCCAGCCGUUUAGAGUUCAUAUGCUGGCAAAAGACGAGCAUCAUGCAAGGCUUGACUUGCUGUGGUCGCAUUGAGAGGGAUUCGCAUAAAAAGGUCGCAGAGCAAACUGGAAUAGAGAAGGCCAAGGAUAAGACUAAUAAAGACGAGAAGACCGGAGAGAAGACUAAGGGCAUGAUGGGUGGAGAUGAUGACACUGGAGAUGGUACAGAGAGAUGA